ACCGCAAGACCUAUAUGAUGGCUAAAAGUUGUGUAUCCCUAACAACAGGUAGGGAGUUUCGAGGAUGCCGUUCAUGGUUGAGAUCAGAAGGUCAUGAACGAAGCGUUGAGUUAAAGACUGGAACAGAUUUGGACCAGAGGCAAGAAGUUACAAUACUGUUGGAUCGACUGUUCCCCUUCUGAACCGCCGCCAUGGAAUGCAUGAGAGUUUAGAGUUUGAAGAAUAUGGAUUUCUCAAGCUUCCCACUCGUGUGUCAUUGGGGAGGGAACUAUUAUGAAAAUGAUGGGCAAAUAUGCCAUGAAGGUGGCAGAACCAGCUUUGUCAUGGUUUCUCGUGGAGCUUGCAUGCUCGAGAUCCUUCAAAAAAUACAUGCAACCACAAUGAUUCAUCCCGGCCGUUCAUUGCGGUUGAAAAUGAAAUUUCCCAUGAACGGGGGAAAGUACAUGCUUAUGCCGCUCAUUGAUGAGCUAGCUAUAACUAAUAUGUGGGGCAUUAUUCAGAUGGAGGAUAUGUCAACGCUGGAGAUAUACAUUGAGGAAUCCAGUGACACUUAUGGUACUCAAUCAACAUCAAAUGCUGUUUUAUAUAGGCAUGAUGUCAAUGCAGGGGUGAAUGCAGGGAACUCCUCAAAGGCUCCUGUACUAGACAUGGUUAUACAGGAGGAUGGUAGGUAUUUGCACAACGGUGCAUCAUUUGUGGAUGGACAGGGAAGUGAUGAUGAUGCAGACGACAACAUCAAUGGUGAUGACAUGACAGAAUCUGAUGAAGAUGAUGGUGAUACAGUGACGUCAACUGCCCCGUCUAGCCAUUUUACUAGAAUGUAUGAUCUCCCUGAAGGUUUUACUGAUGCGUGGAUGAGUGGAUCAGGUGAGAAAAGGUUUACCCCCGAUGGUGAGUUUGAGGUCGGUCAACAGUUUGACAACAAAGAACAAGUCAUCAAUAUGGUGAGCUUGUAUUCUAUCAAACGGAGCCAAUUCUAUCGGGUGAUAGAGUCCGAUAAACACAAAUGGGUGGCACAAUGCAAAAGGAAGAAAGAAUGUCAUUGCCCCUAGAGAAUACGCGGCACAAAGAACAAAGGCAACCUUGACACCUUCACAAUUGUGCGUUAUUCUGGACCUCAUUCUGCUUCUUGUGUAGGCAACAUCGACACUACAGAUCACGUGGCCUUGACAUCAGAAUUCAUCUGUAAAGAUGUGGUUGACAUUAUUCGCACUGAUCCUUCUCUUAAAGUGCAUACUAUCAUCGAGAUGUUGAAGGAAAAAUAUGGGUAUACGGUAUCUUACCGGAGAACAUGUAUGGGGAAGCAAAAGGCCAUAGCACAAAUAUUUGGCGGUUGGGAAAAGUCAUAUUUCGAAUUGCCCCGUUUCAUGACAGCGCUCCAACAUUCUAAUUCAGGAACUGUUGUUCAGUGGUACCCACCCCCCAAUGGUUCCACAGGUUAUAUGAUGUCUCUUAGGAUGCCGUGAUUGAGGGAGCACUUCCAGGUCCUUCCUCCCGACGCUGAUGAGGUGAUCAUCCAGCAGCAUGCUCGGGCGUAUAUAUUGAUGAUGAUGGGAGCCUCCAUUUUCGCUGACAAGAGCGGAAAUGAGGUUCAGGUGCUACACUUGCCUUUGCUGGAGAGGUUUGAUGUAGCAGCACAGUUCAGCUGGGGUAGUGCCACCCUGGCUUAUCUAUACAGGCAGCUGUGUCGCGGCUGCCAGAGAGAAAGCACAGAGCUGGGGGGAUUCUUGCUACUCCUCCAGAUUUGGUCAUGGGAGUAUAUCCACAUUGGCCGUCCCAUUAUAGUCGGAUAUCAUGGCAUUGAUGGACAGCCGCUGCCUGAUGAGCCUCCACGUCUUCUAGGACCACAUCAUGUACGGGGCGAGGACCCUCUAGGCCGUCGGUGGCUAUAUGCGGGUCUAUCUCGCAUGUCAUCCGCUACUGGGCUCGGUGUGUACAGGGAUGCAUUGGAUCGGAUGUCUGAGGACCAGAUCACAUGGAUGCCCUUUAGACCUGAUAUGUUAGCAGAGUUGCCCCCAGCUGGACGAGAGCAUACUCACAUCUGGCGAGCACGUGUCCCGUUGAUAUGUUUUGACAUUGUUGAGCUUCAUUUGCCUGAUAGAGUCAUGCGACAGUUUGGGUUUGAGCAGGUCGUUCCACGUCCUAUCGACACUUAUGUAGAGCUGCAUAAGCUGGAUAGGCGUGGGAAGCAUACAGAGGAUUGGGCACUCAGACAUGUCCGAUAUGUGACUAUGUGGGAAAGGAGAGCUGAGCUAGCUGUGGUUGGGACACCCACAUAUGUGCCAUCUGUUUCAGGAGACUACAUGGGAUGGUACUACAGCAUCACUCGGUUAUUUGUGUCUCCUUCGUUCAGACUCCCUACUCAUCAUUAUCAGCCUAGCUCCUUGGCUUUGCAUCUUACGACACGAGCUUUGCAGCGCAUACAUCAGCGGGCUACUACCACUGUGACUGAUAUUCCUGAUGUGGACAUGUAUGGACAGGCUCUGACAGGCAUUGCCUCGUUGUGCUCAGAUGUGUUGGGCCGAGUAGACUACGGACAUCUUAUACAAAUGCCCCCAUCUCAGGAUAUGGCAUCCACGUCUAGUGCAGCCGCGACUUCAUCAUCCCAGACGCAACAUGAGAGAGUGGUUCUUCAACCACGACAACGCCGUAGGCGUAGACAUGAGCAGCAACAUCUCCAUGACGAAGCUUAUGAUGAGAACUUGUAGUUUGUCUUUUGUAUUGUAGUUUUUCUUAUGCAGUAGAUGUUGUACGAACAAUGUACAAGUUUUGAUGUAUUUUGUCUUGGUAAGUAUUGUAUGGUGUAUUGAUGUGUUCGAGUAUGAAUAUUAGAUGAUUACUUGUUAUGGCAUAUAUGAUGAUUGUAUUGUGUUAUUCCGGUUAUGAUUUGAAGGUUUUU